UCCGAAGCCUUUCGGGAGUGAGAGCCCGCCCGUCAGCGCCGGUCCACGGACACCGCUCCAAGAAGGAAGAUGAUAAAAAUGAUGCCCUUUUUCUACAGCAGUCCACCGAGAGCCGGCCGCAAGGACGGAGGCGUGGCAACUGGCAAGCCUUCAACGUCAUCUGAAUCAGAACUUGACUCCUUGUCUCUGGAAUCAUCAACAGAAGAAGCUCAGCUAAGAGACCUCAUGAAGAAAGGGAACCUCAGAGGUGAUCCUACACCAGGAAGCUCCCCUUUGGAAGCCAAUGGCUCCCCUGGGCAAAAGAAGCACAAGAGAAGGAUAGGGGGUAAAAUCGUCAAAGCCCUAUUUGGAAAGAAAGCUGAGAAUACCGAAGUACAAGGUGAAGUGAAGGAUGGGGGAAGAAAACCAGAUGUAUCUGAAGAAAGCCAGCCUGUUACAGCUGAACAAAUCAGAGAGCUCAUUAAGGAUCAAAAAUUCUUCAAAGCCGUUCAACAUCUCCUCGUCAAGGAGAAAGGAUCGAACGGCAACUCUGGCCGUGAAGAGGAAAAGGUGGAGGGUGAGAGUGACGUUGAAGCCCUGUUUGGGCUUUUGAAGCAAGAGCUCCUUGGGGUCCUUCGUUCAUCCGUGGUCAUAGCACCCUCUCAGCCGGAAUUGCUGCGGGAUGCAGUGAGAGCUAUGGUGUACCUGGUGGAAGAGGAUGAGAGAUCUGCAUCGGGAGAAAAGGCGUCGGGAAAAGCCCGAAUCAGAAACUGGAAGGAGGAGUGGAGGAAUGUGGUCCAGGCCUCCGUGGCUGAGCGAAUGAAAGACCCUCCACUCGUCAUCGACGAUGGCCUCUCUACAACCGCUCGGCUCUUCCUGCAUAUGGGAAGGACUAUGAAAGACGACCUGAUCUCGGUGGUGCAAUAUAUGAAGCCUCAUUACCCAGAACAUUUUCAAGUGUGCAGCACUUAUGCGAAGUACUACCACCAUUGCUUCUCUUCUCAGCUGGAGAUGAUCGCUCAGUUUGAACUGGGCAACAAGGACACUUACCUCCUCCUCACCUGGGUGGAGAACUUGUAUCCAAACGAAAUCAGGAAUCACCCCGUUUUGGUGAACGAGCUGGACGAGAGCAGUCUUGGAAGCCUUUUGUCAUCCAGGCAGAUCAAGCAGUUUGAAGCGGCGUACAGAGCCAACGAAGCAGAUUCUGUUAAACGCUGGCUGGCCAAGUGCCUGGAAGUGGAAGUCGCAAGGUGGACACAAGAGAAGGAACCAGAGAAACUAGAUGGUCAUUUCCACAGUGAACUACCAAUAGAUGCCAUACAGACUAUCCACGGAGCACGGAAGCGUGCUAAAGAGAUUUCACCAGACCUGGGCAAAGAAAUGUCAGGCCUACUUUUAACAGAGCUCUUGAUCUUUCUGCAAAGCUACAAGAGGGAGCUGGAAAUUUUCAUUAAGGAGAACAAACAGCACCGAUAUUUUGCGGCAACAAUCAUUGCAAAUAUUAACAACUGCUUGAGUUUUCGGACCCACGCUGAAGAAAGCACAGUGUCAGCAAAGAAUGAUGUCAAAGAGAAAAUUUUUACCACACUGAAUGACAUUCAGAACCUUGGAUUUGAUGUGCUCCUUAAAGGCUUGGCUGACGAGGUGCAGCCUUUUUUUAAAAAGUUCACUCAGAAGAAAUGGAUCUCCUGUACUGACAUUAUGGAUGAUAUCAUAGCAGCCAGCAGCUAUCGCAUUUCUAUGUUCAAGACUCUCAAAGAUCCACUUCAUCAGGCAAUCAUGGAGAAAACUCACAUCCACCUGGUCCGAGAAUAUAUCACAAGGCUCCUGAAGAAGAGAGUCAGCUUGAGGACUCCAGAACUGCAAAGCAACUUGUCUGAGCUUGUCCGAAAAAAUGCCUCCGUUUUGCAUGACUUAUGCACAGAAAAUGGCUCCAAGGCCACAUGGCUGAAUUCUGCUCUCCCAAGCCUGGCUGAAAUCAUCAGGCUCCAAGAUAUAGAUGCCAUCAUGGUGGAAGUUGGUGUACUUGCCAAUAAAUAUCCCGAUAUCAGCAAGAAGCAUCUGUAUGCCAUCUUGUACAUCAAGGGCAACUUAUCCAACGGGGAUUACAAAAGCAUCCUGAGCGUGCUAGAGCUUGGGGUUCCUGCCACACUCCCGCCCACGUCUCUGUUCGCACCAAUCAAGGUGUCGUAGACCUGGCCAUGAGCCCGCCCCUCGCGGCUGGCUUUGUCCAAAGAGCUGCUAUUUGUGGGAACCUGACUUAAGCACCAUCAUCCUGGCCUUACCCAGCCAGACCGUCACUUCAUUCCCAAACGAAACUGGAGAGGUUUUGCUUUUCAGCUGUCCGCUGCAAGAAAGCCAGGGUGGAAAGGAGCCAACGUGGCCCCUUGCCAUAAGCACAGGGGUAAGAGUUCCACCUGGUCCAAUAUCCUGCGAGGACUCUCAACGUCUCCUCUGCUGCCUCGGUUUUCCCAUCUAGAGAGUGGGGGCAAAUCUCCUCCAAGCUACCUCAGAGGGGCAGUACUGGCAGGAUGCUAAAAUUAUGCCUUUGUUUGCUAUUGUUUGUUAAAACACCUGACAAGAAAAGCAUCGCACUUUGCAAAUGGUUUCUCUUGAAGCGGAAAGAGGAAGGAAGUCCAUUGAUUUGGAGGCAGAAACCGAACGAGCGCUCUGAAAGCAAAAAAGCACUUCAAAUGUGUAUAAAAUUUUGAGCAGAAACUUGAGGAGCGGCUUCUUUUGGUAGGAAGCCCUCCUGGACUCUAAAUGAUGUGUUGCACUACAACUCCCAUUGUCCCCAGCCUGAUGAGGGUUGUAGGCCAGCAUGUCUGGAGGGUGCUAACUUGGAAAAAGCUUGCUCUAGAUCAAUGGCUACAUGAAAACUACACAUAAAAUGAUUGCUAAUACUUAGUAAUAUGUAUUAACAGAGCCGGAUUUUAGUCUGCAACUUAUCAACAGCCAGUAUGAUCUAGGUGAGAAUUGGGGCAGUUUAGUGGCUAGAGUGCUGGAGGGCCUGGGUUCAAAUUCCUGCUCAGCCACAAAGUUUACCAGGUGGCCCUCGGCCAGUCACUCUCUCCCAGUCUAACCUACCUCACAGGGUUGUUGUGAAAAAAUAAAAGGGAUAAACUCACGUAUACUGCCUUAAGCUGCUUAGAAGAAGGGCAGAAUACAAGUGUUAAUAAUAGUAUUAUUAUUGUCUAUUGUACAUUUGAACAGUCUGUAUAUAUAUUAUGCUUUAAUUUUGACUUUUCAGUUGUCAUAUCCAUGAUUGUAACAAUGUUUUGAUAUGCAGUGUUUUUCUGGUUCAGACACAUUUCUGUAAAAUAAAAAUAAAUACAGCAUUUAACAGCAUAUGCUGAGUUUUUAACUGACUCGAGAAUAGUUGUUUUAAAUGGAUAUUGUUGUUUCUUAAA